AUGUUGAAGGAACAUCGAAUAAAUUUCUAUUUCUUCAACUUUUAUCUCAAGUUUUAUUUAAAAUCCUUCAAAACUGGAGGCAUCAGCUGUUUGUAAUCAUCAUGAAUUUAUAAUUAGUCAUGUUUUGCUCCUGAAAUUUAAUUAUGGAAACAAAAAAAAGGCUCAACUUAUUCAUAAGAUUCACAGUUUCUAAUUCACUAUUAAAAGCCAUUAAUAUUUCAUUUAAUGGUCUUCUAUAGUAGAGAUUGAUAAGAGAAAGCAUGAAUCGUAAUGA